CACCGUCUGUCUUAAUACUUCUUUACGCUUCAGCCUCGACCUCGCCUUGUUUGUUGUGUAACACCCCAUCACCAUGUCAAAGCAAACUUACCUGCCAGCAACGCUGGCGCUCAUCCCGCUCCCCAAACCAGUCGUCCUCUUCCCCUUCCUCCAGGUCUCCAUCACACUCGGCACCGAGGCAGUCAGCCACAUCUUGUCGGGCCUCUCGGAGCAAUCAGAGAGCGCCAAACAAGACUCGCGUGAGAGGUACGUCGCGGCCGUCCCCGUGGCAGAGGGCGAUCGUCGCGUAGGGCGCUGGGCAACUGCUGCCCGCGUCAAGCGCAUCUAUCGUGCCCACAAGGAUGACGAUGUCUGGACUGUUGUCCUCGAGGGUCUGUCGCGAAUUCAUCUCCCCCGCUCCCUCCCUCCCAUCCUCUCCGUCCUCCCGCCACUCCCCCUCCCCGUCAGCACCUACUCGCUCCCCGUCCCUUCGCCAGCCAGGCCAAGCAUCAACUUGCUGCCGGCCGCCACCAAGCUCCUGUCCCCCGAGCUCCACCCAAAGCUCGCCGCUCUGCCCCCCUCGAUCCAGGCCGACUUGCUCGCCAGCAGCCUCCGCUUCGACUGGGACGUUAGGGUCGAGCUCUUGUCCACUCCGGACGUGGACGACAGAUGCGCACGGGUGCGUGAGGUAAUGCUCGCACUCCUUAGUGCCAAAGGAAUCGGACCCCCCGACGACAGUGCGCUCGCUACCCCUCCCGGCCAGUCUUCUGCCCUUGUCCGCCGCCGCCCCCAGAAGGACGGUGCCCCUUCCAAGAUGCAGCUCCCCGACGACCUCAAGCCUCUCGAGGCGACUCUUCAGAAACGUGGUAGCGAAAUGAGUCCCGAGGCCGCACAGGCCGUCCAGCGGGAACUUCAGCGCCUCAGCAAGAUCCCGUCCCAGGCGGCAGAGUACGGCGUGGCCAAGACUUAUUGCGAAUGGCUUCUCGCCCUCCCCUGGGGCCGUGUGAGCGAGGGCAAGCGCGUCGACCUCGAGGCGGCGAGGAAGAUGCUUGACGACGAGCACGAGGGCCUCGCAGAGGUCAAGCGCCGUGUCAUCGAGUACCUGGCCGUCUACCGCCUCCGCCGCGACCUCUGGGAGGAGCAGAAGAAGGAAGACGCUGCGGCAGAGGCUGCCGAAGUGUCCAAGAACGUCGACGAAGGUGUCGCCCUUGACGAUAACGCGGCUGGCGACGUUGCCACCACCAACGCCUCGGCUCCGUCGCCUACGGACGCCAACCGGCAGUCGGCUCCUAUCCCCAAGAGCGCUGACGUUGACGGCCCCCCUAACAACGUCUUCCGCGACAAGGCGCCUAUCCUGCUGCUUGUGGGGCCUCCGGGUGUCGGCAAGACGAGUAUUGCACGCUCCAUUGCGAAUGCCCUGGGCCGCAAGUUCCACCGCAUUUCGCUUGGAGGUGUGAGGGACGAGGCGGAAAUUCGCGGCCACCGCAGGACUUAUGUCGGUGCGCUUCCUGGUCUGUUCGUCCAAGGCCUUCGCAAGGUCACCGUGUCGAACCCGAUUAUUCUGCUCGACGAGCUGGACAAGGUUGGAACUUCCAACUACCAUGGCGACCCCGCUGCUGCCCUUCUCGAGACCCUGGACCCCGCUCAGAACUGGGCCUUCCACGACCACUACCUGGGCGACGUCCCCAUUGACCUCAGCCAGGUUACCUUUGUCGCCACGGCCAACUCGCUCGACACGAUCAGCCCGCCGUUGCUCGACCGUUGCGAGGUCAUCGAGUGCCCAGGCUACGUCACCGACGAGAAGCUCGCCAUUGCCCGUCGCUUCCUUCUGCCCAAGCAGACCGUUGAGAAUGGCCUCGGCAAGAGUGGUGUCAUCACCAGCGACCAGGUCCUCACCCGCGUCGUCAACGAGUACACUCGGGAAGCCGGUGUGCGUUCGCUUGAGCGCGAGAUUGCCAAGCUCUGCAGAGCCAAGGCAGUCGAGUACUCGACGUCGCGCGACGGCGGUGCCACAUACAACCCGGAGAUUGUCGCCGACGACCUUGAGCGUAUCCUCGGCAUGGCCAAGUACGAGCAAGAGCUCCGCGAGCAGGACAUUCGCCCUGGCGUCGUCACUGGCCUUGCCUACCGUGGCUCGGGCAACGGAGGCAUCCUUCUCAUCGAGAGCACGCUCAUCCCCGGUGGCAAGGGCCGCCUGCAGUUGACUGGCAGCCUUGGUGACGUUAUCCGCGAGAGUGCCGAGCUUGCCCUUGCCUGGGUCAAGUCGCACGGCCCGGCGCUGGGUCUGGGAACCGACCCGCUCCGUGACGUGGAUAUCCACCUCCACUUCCCCGCCGGCGCCGUCAAGAAGGACGGCCCGAGUGCUGGCACUGCCAUCCUCUUGACGUUUGUCAGUCUCCUCACUGGCCGCCCUGUUCCGCCGACCAUUGCCUUGACUGGCGAGGUCACUCUUCGUGGCGCCGUCACUGCCGUUGGCGGCAUCCGCGAGAAGCUGCUCGGUGCGCACCGUGCCGGCAUCACCAGGUGCAUUCUGCCCGCGCAGAACGAGAAGGACACGCACGACCUGCCGCCCAGCGCGCGGUCGAUGAGCCUGACGUUUGUGCGCACCGUCGAGCAGCUGCUCGAGGAGGUGUGGGGUCGCGACACGCUCGAGGGCCUGCGUCGCACCGACCUGGCGCGGUUGUAAGCGAGAGCGACGCGCCGCGCGCGCCGAGCGUCGAGCAGGACGUUGUCGCUCUGCUGCCAGAGGCACAGUUGUAACGGGCGAUCUGGCACAGUUGUUACCGACACGCGUGCAUAACGGCGUGCCCGGCGCGCCGUGGCCAGUGCCUCAUCUCAAGAUCCUGAUAUAAACAAGUUUCAAGUGUUGUAGACGAAUGAAGCCAUAGCUGGAA